GGCGGGCCACCUGUGACGGCACAUGAGUGGAGAAGAGCCUCGAGUCAGUCCCACUGCUAGUACUGCGUGUCGUUCAGUGGGUGUUUGUGUGUUUGAGAGGGUGUUUCGGCGUUUAAAGUCCACUUGGAUUAUCUUGAGCUCAAGGAAACGUUCAUAUCUUUCUCUUCGGGGAAUGUGUACGUGAUUCAGGUUUCUUUGUUUCUCUCUACAUCACUGUGGAAGAGGCCGCCUGCCAGUGACUGGGUGUUUGUGAGUCGUUGGGUGAAUAUGUCGGUGUGAGUGCCUUUUGCAUGUGUACACGUCCUGGUCAGAGAGAGAGAGAGAGUGUGUGUGUGUGUGUCUCACGAGACGCUCGGCGGAGAUGCAGGGAGCUCGAUCCUCUGCGGUGCGUUUGCUGCUGCUGAGCUGCUGUGUGUGUGCGGCAGCCGGCUACCCGUUCAGAACGCCCCUGGACCUGGACGUGACUCCACGCGUCACCGUGUUGAACAGUGGUCUGCAGGGCUGCAGACGUUUCCAUUCCUCUGCAGCGAGCACCAUGUUGCUGGAGGCUGACAGUGAGCGUCUCUUCGUCGGGGCCCGCGGGGCUGUUUUUGCUCUUAAUGCCUCUGACAUUUCAGCCAGCUCUGCUCUCACUAUCGAAUGGGAAGCCUCCCCCGAGCAAAAACGUCAGUGUCUGCUCAAGGGAAAAGACAAUAAGACGGAGUGUUUCAAUCACAUCCGCUUCCUCCAGAGAUUCAACUCGACUCAUCUCUACAUGUGUGGGACUCAUGCCUUCAGACCACUCUGUGCAUACAUAAAUGAGGAGAAGUUUGUGAUGUCGUCUCAGCCUGAAGAGGGCAGAGACAAAUGUCCCUACGGCCCGACGACGGGCUUCACUGCCCUCAUCAUCGACCAGCAGAUGUAUACAGCUUCCCAGUACGAGUUUAGGAGCUUUCCAGAUAUCCGCCGCAACUCUCCGUCCCCCACACUGAAGACAGAAGAUGCCCCUACACGCUGGCUGAACGAGGCAAACUUUGUGGGCUCGGCGCUCGUGAGGGAGAGUUUGGGCAGCAGCACCGGCGAUGAUGAUAAGAUCUACUACUUCUUCACCGAGAAAAGCCAGGAGCAGACGACAACCUACAGCCACAGCAGGGUGGCACGCGUGGCUCGCAUUUGUAAGGGAGACCGGGGAGGCCGUCUAACUCUCCAGAAACGGUGGACGUCCUUCCUCAAGGCCAGGCUGACAUGUUCUCUGCCCGAGUACGACUUCCACUUCAACAUGCUGCGCAGCAUGUUUGUCAUGCCCGGCCUCACGCCGCAGGACACGCUCUUCUACGGCAUCUUCGGCCUGGAGUGGAAAAACGUCAAGGCGUCUGCAGUGUGUCGAUUCUCUCUGUCUGAAGUCCAAGAGGCCUUUCAAGGACCGUACAUGGAGAACCAGGACUCUAAGUGGAAGGAAUACACUGGAAAGAUCCCUGACCCACGACCUGGAACGUGUAUCACUGACGCUCUGAGGGCCAGGGGCAUCAACGUCUCCACCUCCCUGCCUGAUGAUGUGCUGAACUUUGUCCGGAGGCAUCCUCUGAUGUCCCGGCAGGUCCAACCUUCAGACAGACGACCACUUAUGUUCAGGCGGACCACAGACUACACACACAUGGCCGUAAACAUGAUCCAAGGCUUAGAUGGACGAACAUACCAUGUAUUGUACAUGGGCACAGAUGAAGGCUGGUUACAUAAAGCUGUAGAAAUCGAGGGUCAGCUUCACAUUAUCGAGGAGCUUCAACUGUUUGAGAAACCACAGCCUGUUAACAGCCUGCUGCUGUCAGCAAAACAGAUGAGUGUAUACGUGGGCUCUCUAUCAGGAGUGGUGCAGCUUCCCCUCUCUAGCUGUCACAGAUACACCUCCUGCUACGACUGCGUCUUUGCCAGAGACCCUCACUGUGCCUGGAACGGAGCCCAGUGUGUGGACAUAAUGGCUCAAGCAGACAGAUCCACUUUAAUCCAGGAUAUCCAGCAGGGCAGCAGAGGAUGUGAAAACACACAAGACGACGUAGUCGUGCGGAGCCGCUCUGUGCGGGUGGGCGAUGACGUGCUGCUGCAGUGCGAGCUCAGCUCAAACUUGGCGACGCCCCUCUGGACUCUGGAUGGCGGCGAGCUGCAGGGCUACGGCCUCAACUCUGGCUUCAGAACUGGCACAGACGGCCUGCUGAUCAUCGAGGCCCGGCAGGACCAGAGCGGGCUGUACACCUGCUUCGCUGUCGAGAACGGCAUCAAUGUCGCCAUAGUUGCCUUCAAUGUCACCAUCCGCCUGGACCUGCCCCCUCCCCCACCUGUCGAGCCAACCGAAGACCCUUACCGUUUCUUUGCCACCCUGCUAGCCCCCACUCAGCAUCCCUCCUCCGAGAGGCCACCGCCCCCGGCUCCUCUCCUCCCCCACUCAGAGCUGCUCUCCCCCAGGAACAUGGAGGCCGUAUAUCUGUCCCUCAUCACCAUCCUCGGAGGCCUGUGUGUAGUCCUCACCGUGGUGCUCGUCUACGUGGGCUUCUGCCUGCGAGUGGGCAACAGAGGGAAAUACUCAUUACGAGCCGCCGCUUCAGCCUACCCGAACAGUAAGAGGCACCACAGGAAUAGAAAACAGCACAGGAACUCCUCCCACAUGGAGCUGAAGACCAUCUCAAGCCACUGUAACGGAAACGGCAUAUGUAAUGGAUUUUCAAAGCAGCACAACGGCAACAUCCAGGAUGGAGGCUGCCUCCAGAUUGUCCCCGGAGAGGCUCACUCAUCACCCAAUAAGGAGUCGCCUCCCCCGGCCCCUCCUCUCCCACCAACUCCGCAACAUCCCUCUCCAGAGUGCGACUUCCCCAGCGGGCUGUCGGCCACGCUGCCCAGCGUCCUGCGGAGGAUGAACGGCAACAGCUACGUGCUGCUGAGGCAGAGCGAGUCUGAAAGCACGUCACCGCUCUGCUACUCCUUCUCCGAGGAGCUCAACAGGAUCUUAGAGAAGAGGAAACGCACUCAGCUGCUGCCCAGGCCGGACGAGAGCUCCGUGUAGAGAGGUGUGGCUCCCCCUGUGGUGGGAGGGCAGCUGUGUUUUUUUUACCUGGUGCUGAAGUGCCUGUCAUGUGACCCAUUGUUGAGGACUAAAGCAAUGAGUCUUAACUACAUUCUUUACUUUGGAUUUUUUUUUUUUUUUUUUUUACGAGUCCACAUUGAGACAUUCCUUCUUUUUUUAACUUGUGAGCUGCUUGUUAACCUUAAUUCCCAAAUUUCCCAAUACACAACAAGUGAGAAUGACAAAUGCCAGCGAAGGAUCGAGCAUGAAAUGACAAGACAGUGCAAUCUACCUCACCUUCCUACUGCCCAAGAGAAGACUUCUGCAGUCUGAUCCGAGCAUCAAGGCACAGAACGGGACUCAGACUCCAGCGAGAAGCGAGGCCCCGUGGGAAUAUAAAUACAUGUGAAGACUUCUGCUGUGUGGCGGCCAUAUUUGGCUCGAUUCAAACGGGAGGGCAGCUAGCCAAAGUUUGUUUGCACUGACAAGUGCACAGAUGGCCUAUGCAUUUUUAAACAUGUCAUUCACAUAUUAUAAAUAUUGAGGGAGGUGGUCGUGGUGAGUGAGGGGAAUUUGGUGUGAAAUAUUUUCACUUUUAAUACUGAUUUAAUCAAUUGCAAUAUUAUAAUAAUCAUAACACAUUAUAUCCAGUAACUAAUGGCAGCACAUAAUGAUUUACACCAGCCAUCAUUAAUAAAUGGUGAACUAAUCAUUAUUUAAUAUUACUAAUAACCCUAAAUCGGAGUUAAGUAAUUAACUACAUUGAAGAUACAUUUUACAUUGUUUUAAAUGAAUCAUUAUUGAUAUCAUUUAGUUUAUUUGUAGAUGAAUUGAUGAAAAUAUUGAUAAAAUUAAAUCAAUAACUUUUACUGACACAAUUACCUGAUAUACAGGUAAACCUUUAAUAAUUGUAAGAGUAUUUUCAAACGCAAAUGAGCAUAACUGUAUUUUGCAGCUGCAGCCGAGGCUCACAACUUAUCAUAAAUGGUUAAAUAUUGCCUUCAGGUGAAGCCUCAUGUUGGCCUUUUAAUUAUAAAGUCCCAACUCAUGUCUGCAGUUCCUACAAACGGGUAACAAGUAGCCACAUAAACAUAAAUUUACAUUAACAUUGUUUGAGUCCAUUUUAUAUACAAGUCAUUCGAUAGUAAAGAAUAAACAAGGAAAUAAUGUUUAAUCUUUACAAAAUUGAAGAAAUAUUGAAUAGUGAUUAUUUCACCAAAUGUUAGACUACCUGAAUAUGACAGUAUUAUUGAUUUUGAUGCACUUUAAAUAGUUUUAAAACACAAGGUAAUGGAUGCUAUUAUGGACGUUGAUUCUGCAACCUGUCGAGAACCAGCAGGAUGGAGGAGCGUUUUGAUUGGCCGUUUCUCAGUAUGAAGAGCUGCCGCAGGGAAGGCCACAGCUUUGUCUGCUGCACCUCGUUCGACCCGAGAGAAACUGACCGUGUCUCCGCUGAGCCUCGAUCCGCUGCUGAGCAACGCCCGACAUGAGCCUAUAGUGCAGAAAGACAUGCUGUGGGGCACAGCGUUCACCAAAAGUAUCACAGGUGUCAUGUGCACAGGUCAGUUUGAGUUUCUCUUGAUUUCAUUCCCGGCGAUACCAUCUCUCCACCAGAGUCCGAUGGCAGGACCCGCUUUAAAGAUGUUCUUUAAAUGAGCAGUGAAGUAAUGUUCAGCUUCAUUACUGGACAGCGGAGCCAGAAGAGAAAGAGAAGCCGGAUAAGAGCAACAGCAUUAGAGUGCAACUACAGUUCUGCUUCACCACAACUGGAAUGAAAACGGUUGGCUUCAGUGUCCUACUGAGCAACUUGUGUUCUUUCGGUCAGUUUGAUGCAAACGUGUUGGAUCAAACUCGAGGUAUGAUAGCCUUUUUUUCACACUUGCUGCAUGAAUUAUGUUUUCGACACUGCUUUUUUUUUUUUUUUUUUUUUUUUUUUUUUUUUCUUAAAGUCAAGGAACAACAACUCUUAUUAAUGUAAAGUGCCACAGUUGAUGUUUAAAAAGAGCUCUGUGAGCCUAUUUUAAGGCAGAAGAAAUGGAUUUUAAAAAAAGUGUAUUUAUUUUGUAAUUUUGUACAUUGUUGCUGUUAAGCUGCCACUUGUGGACACCUUCCUGACCAAUAGGAGGGUCACAAGUUGCCUGUGUUAAAACAAAAUGUGAUGAAUAGAAGCACGGUAGUCAAAAGCAUGCAGAGGCUGUACCAGCACCACAGAAUUUAAUAUUUAUAACCUACUAAUGGGAGGAAAACACACCUAUUUACUUAUUCACUCUAACCUAUUAAUUAUGGAUCAUUUAGCUUUUCUCCCACUGUAAUGUUCACAUAUUAGUUUUUAUCGCUGUCAGCAUCAUACCUCAUGCUUGUGCACACAGCAAAUUAUUUUACUAAACUAAACGCAGAGAAUAAAUGGGCAGUAUGUUCCUUCACAUUUCAGUCAUGAGUUCAAAUAAAGCUUUGUACUUCAACCUC